CGCUGGAUAGACACAAUGGAGUCACAUGGCGUUUUUAGAAUAUGGCGCCUUGUAGUCGUGUGCAAAAUGGUUGUGCUUGGGAAAAGUGAAGGCUUUAAUGCCUUCUUGUUCGAGUGGUUUUUAGCCAAGGAGCAAACAUUUAUUCCGGCAACGAACGUCUAAUAACUCUACAGCUAAAUAUACUUUUACCUUGCCCAUUAAUCCGUAUGUCCGUAAACCUCCCUUCCUGUUACGGCGAAGCAGUUUUUUUUAUUCAGCCACAUGAGCGUUAGGAGCUGACUUGAACGUCGCACCAAUUCAGCAACGCGGGGCAAUUGGUGCUUUGCCAUAAUGGCUUUAUUCUCCGUGCCGCCGCCAGUUACAGUCAUCCUGUUAGAUAUUGAGGGUACCACUACCCCAAUCACGUUUGUCAAGGAUGUACUCUUUCCAUAUGUAAAAGAAAACAUUAAGAAAUAUCUUCUUGAGCACUGGCAAGAGAAGGAAUGCCAAGAGGAUGUCACCCAGCUUCAAAAACAGGCAGAGAAAGACUCCCACCUUGAUGGAUUUGUGCCCAUUCCUUCUGGAGUUUCUGACAAUACAACAGAACACAUGAUCCAGGCAGUGGUGGAUAAUGUUUACUGGCAGAUGUCCUUUGAUCGAAAGACCACUGCUCUUAAACAGCUGCAGGGUCACAUUUGGAGAUCAGCCUAUAUUAGUGGACAGCUUAAGGGCGAAGUCUAUGAAGAUGUUGUCCCAUCUAUUCGACAAUGGAGGGAAUUAGGAAUCAAGCUGUAUAUUUACUCUUCAGGGAGUAUAGAUGCACAAAAACUCUUAUUUGGAUACUCCAUUGAAGGCGAUCUCCUUAAGCUGUUGGAUGGGCACUUUGAUACUAAUAUUGGACAUAAGGUAGAAAGCAAGAGCUACAGAAACAUUGCAGACAACAUAGGUUGUUUACCAGAAAACAUUCUUUUUCUGACUGACGUUGUUAAGGUGCUGCCCAUAAUUGAAACAAUAGAGGCAAAAACAAUCAGCAGUUGAUGGAUGACCCAGGAGUGUAGAGGCUCUUGCUGCUGAGAAAGCAGGUUUGCAUGUGGCUGUAGUAGUGAGGCCUGGCAAUGCUGCAUUAACUGAUGAAGACAAAUCCAAUUGCUGUUGUAUCACAUCAUUCCAUCAGAUUCAUUUUCCCUCCCAGAAGUAAUUCAAGACUUUGAGAUAAAUAUUAAAUAAACAUGUAAUAUUAGUA